AUGCAAGACGGUAGCCCCAACGGCCCAUCACCCCAAGAUGACCAUGAAACAACUGUGUCUAACCCAGCGCCUACGAACGGGUCUAUUGACGGAGCAACUUUAAACCCUGUCCCCGACGAAUCCAUUCCUACCGAGCCGAAAGACGCGCAAACUGCCUCCCAACCCGACGAACCUCCAUCCAAGAAGAGAAGACUCACGGAGAGCUCCUCAUCGCAGCGAUCGACCCCCCGACCGCCAUCGCCACCUUGGAAGAAGGCUGGCUAUGAGGGUCCCACGUCAUUCCUGUCUGAAGGCAAGCGCAGGUCUUCGCGAACCAACGCGGUCCCUCUCGAACUACAAUCUCCGUCCGACAAGAGAAAUACGCGCGGCGCGCAGAACAAGAACAUUGGCAAGUCUGCUCGUGAUGGAAGCAAGCCGGUUACAUCCUCGCCAUUAUCGGUGACGCAGUCACGCGCCGACGUCAACGGAAAGCUAGGUGGUAAAUCAGCCGCCAAUGGAUCUCCACGCGCCACUGCUUCCCGCGCCGCCACUAGCAGGCUGCAGCGCGUCUCGCAAACACCAUCCUCCAAGCCAAGUGGCUCGCGCGCGAGAUCGCGCAGUUCCGCCAAUGCCAACGGCUCCACCCCCCGCCCGCUCCGCGAUCGCCAGCCCCAUUCGAACAUAUCACAAGAUGUCAAAGAUGAUCCUGAUGAUGCCAACAUGGAAGGCGAUGGCACCGAACAGGAGCCACUCAAAGUUCCCAGGCUGCGCCUCAAAAUGAAGAAACCAGUCCUCCCAAUCCGGCACCCCGGCCACAUACCAUUAAGGAAACAUGCAUCUUUCCGAGAAUGGGUGCACCAAGAUGAUUGCGCAAAUAUACUGUCAGAAGAGGAAGCCAUAGCAGAGGCGCAGAGGCGGAACGAGGUCAUGGCUGCGGCAGAGCCUGGUGGUCCUCUGAGCUCGGAAGUUUGCUCAGCAUAUAUCACUGACCAGCAGGAGGAACCUCCCCCACAAUACUCGCACCAAGAUCACCUGGUUGCUCACGCGCUUUACUUCCAAAAGCUUCUCGACAAGGAACACAAACGACAUCGACAAACCGCCAAGCUAUUCGCACAGUGGUGUGCUGAUGCGUAUCGCAAGCGCCACAAAGAUCCCGAGGACAUUCUUCGCGAGCAACAGGAAGAACUGCGGGGAAAGCGGAAGCAGUUAUCUAAGGAUCUUCAAAGGAUGUUCGAUCUUGCCCGCGCCGAGAUUGAUCGGGCUCGUCUAGCGCGCUGGGAGGAAGAGCGGAAGGUGGAGGACCAAAAGGCGCUCGACCGCGCAAUCACGAAGUCUACAAUGCUCUUCGAGAAGCGCCGAGCCGAGAUCUUGGGCGAAGUGCCCAGCGAUGCACAAGCUACAAGCGAUGACGGACAUGACUCCGCUUCUGAAUCUGGAUCUCAAUCUGGCUCAGAUGAAGAAGAUGAGAGCAACAUGUCGGAUUCUGAAUCCGGCACUGAUGAUGAGACUAAUGUGGAUGACGACGCUAAGCUUACCGAGGAGGAGCUUCGCUUGAAGUACGCCAAUCUACCCGCCGAGGAUUACACCGACAGAAUGUCGGUCGUCUCCGGAACCAGUGCAAUGACGAACCCCGAUGAAGCUGUAGACUCUGAAGCAGCACUCCAGUUGGAUUCUCAUGCUACGCCCGAAAGUAAUCAAUUGGAUGAUGUGGACUCCGUCCUGAUGGAUGAUAGCGAUGCAUCCACAGAUAUGGAUGACGAUAUGGGUGACAGUGACGAAGAGGAGGAAGGUUCAAGUGACGAAGAAGACUCAGACGGCGAAGGCGAAGACAGAGGUGGCUUGAUGGGCUUCUUCUCUAAGAAAGAUAUCUCCAUACCCAGAGACAGUGAAGCCGGCGACAGUGCUCAGAAUGACUCUGGACAUGACGACAAUGCCAAGCCACCAUCAGAAGCAGAAGACGAAGUCGACUUCGAAGAUCCGGAUGAAGUCUCCCUUGUUCCUAUCGGACCAACUGCCAGUGAAGGCAACUCGUCAGAAAACACACCACUGGAAGUUGCCGACAAUUCGGACGCUUUCCCUGAUACAGGAGUUGACACAUCGGCCGCAGAGACACCCGUUGCUGAUACCCUGAUGGAGGAUGCUCAUGUUGAAGUACCAUCAGCCGAUGACAACUCUGAUGAGCCCGACCAAGCCGCAGAUGAGCUGCAGCCCAUGGAUCUGGAUCAUACUGAGAAGACGCAACCAACCGGAGGAGUCUCCAGCGAUGUUUCACCAGGGACCGUUGCAACCAAACCAUCCGAACCCGAAUCGGUUUCUUCACUGGAGCCUGCCAUUGAAAAGGCCUUACAAACGAGCCACUCGCCUGCGCCUGGUUUGCAAACACCUGUUCCGCACCUUCUUCGGGGUACGCUGCGUGAAUACCAACAUUACGGACUAGAUUGGCUUGCUGGUCUCUACAACAACCACAUCAACGGUAUUCUGGCAGAUGAAAUGGGUCUUGGCAAAACGAUUCAAACUAUCGCCCUUCUCGCCCAUCUUGCUGUGGACCACGGUAUCUGGGGUCCUCAUCUUGUAGUCGUGCCCACUAGUGUCAUGCUCAACUGGGAAAUGGAGUUCAAGAAAUGGAAGAACGCAAACAAAAACGUCGAGGCUGGACAGACGACAACGCAUGGAAUGUGCUGA